CUUCCGCAAAGAGGGCACCUCACCAAUCAGAAUUGAGGAGGGUGUAGCUUGUGCUGAAGUUCGACUGUGAUUGACCUUUUUUUGGGUUUUUUCUGGGACUGCUUUUUCGCGGAAGGCUGACCCGUACGGCACAUAUUGUGGGCAUAUGGACUGUGUCAGGGAAGCUCAGGUUGUCGCUUUUCUACAAGCCUUUCCAUCUGAAGAGAGAAUUUAGCUAAGUCCUCAUAGUUGACUCAACUGUUGACAGAAAUCUUUAAGGGGGGAAGCUGAGCCCAGAGCUACAUAUACAGGUUAUCUUAUCAAAACGUGUGGAUGUAACGCAAUCUGAAGGAAAUUCAAGACCACAAAACUUGCUGGCUGAAGCACAUUGUACCAGAAGAGUAAUUAGAGAAAGACCUUUCUGUGAAAUCAGGAUGGAAGCAGAAGAACACCAACAGCCACGGAAGACACCCUUUUACUCAGAAUUACCUAAAGUGGAACUUCAUGCCCACCUGAAUGGAUCCAUUAGUUCUAAUACCAUGAAGAAAUUGAUAGCCAAGAAGCCAGGUCUUAAAAUCGACAAUCAGAUGACUAUGAUUGACAAGGGAAAGAAAAGAACUUUAAAAGAAUGUUUCCAGAUGUUUCAAAUUAUUCAUCAGCUUACUACUAGCCCUGAAGAUAUUCUAAUGGUCACAAAAGAUGUCAUUAAAGAAUUUGCAGAUGAUGGUGUGAAGUACCUGGAACUAAGGAGCACACCCAGAGGAGAAAAUGCUACAGGAAUGACUAAAAAGACUUAUGUGGAAUCUGUACUUGAGGGUAUAAAACAGUCCAAACAAGAACACAUUGACAUUGAUGUUAGGUAUUUGAUAGCAAUUGACAGAAGAGGCGGCCCUUCAGUAGCCAAGGAGACCGUUAAACUUGCGGAAGAGUUCUUCCUCUCUGCUGACAAUACAGUUCUUGGCCUUGACCUCAGUGGAGACCCUACUGUAGGACAGGCAAAAGACUUCUUGGAACCGCUUUUAGAAGCUAAAAAAGCAGGCCUGAAGUUGGCAUUGCAUCUUUCAGAGAUUCCAAACCAAAAACAAGAAACACAAGUACUUCUGGAUCUGCUUCCUGACAGAAUUGGGCAUGGGACAUUUCUCAACUCUUCUGAGGGAGGAUCCCUGGACCUGGUGGACUUCGUGAGGCAAUACCAGAUACCACUGGAACUCUGUUUGACCUCAAACAUCAAAAGUCAGACAGUUCCAUCUUAUGACCAGCAUCAUUUUGGAUUCUGGUACAGCAUCGCCCAUCCAUCUGUGAUCUGUACCGAUGAUAAGGGUGUUUUUGCAACACACCUUUCUCAAGAGUACCAACUAGCAGCUGAGACAUUUAAUUUGACCCAGUCUCAGGUGUGGGAUCUGUCUUACAAAUCCAUCGACUACAUCUUUGCUUCUGACAGCACCAGGUCUGAACUGAGGAGGAAGUGGAAUCAUCUGAAACCCAAAGUGUUACAUUUUUAAGCUGCAAUGAGGUGAACUACUUUUGAAUAUGUGUUGCAACCAAGAGCUUCCUGACAUCUCCCACGUAGUAAACUGUCCACCACUCCCUCUGAAGCACAGCAGCCAGGUACCACGGGCUCCAUCACCAGUAGCUUACUCAUGACUGGUCCCAUGACUGGCAGGCUCAAAAGUCUUACAGAGCUUUCCUCCAUGCUGCUUACUGGAAGGGACCUGAAGGUGGCGGCUAUCUAAACUCCCCACACUGCACCUUGGUGGCUCAGUGGGUCAAAGCCUCUACCUUCGGCUCAGGUCAUGAUCCCAGGGUCCUGGGAUCGA